AUGGACGACUCAACUCAACAUGUUCGCAGCCACGUGAUAGGCCAAAUUCGAGAGAUCUUGUUCGACUUGCCCCCAGACGUUGUUACAGGAACGAUGCGAAUACUGGGUGAUACUCCUAAUAGUAUUCUUGAUCCGAACAAUUAUUUAGAAUCUAUACGUCCAUUUGCCAGCGAGGUGCAGGACGGCCUCCAUCAGUACAAUAGGAAUAAUACGACUCGUUUCCUUGCGGUCACAAUCUACCCCGGCAAACACUCCUAUUUUGUGGUCGAUCUAAACAACACCGAUUAUGACUACCAAACCGCCCAUGAAUGCAAGACACCAGUACCGGUCUAUGUCCUCCGCUUAUCGAAAAGAAAACCCACGAUCUUCCGAAAACGAGAGUUGGAUGGACAAAUCGCAGAGACUCUUCGGGUUAUGCACAAUAACCAUGGCCAGGACCCCCUAUCUUUAUUUGACAAUUAA